AUGUCAGAUAUGGGUGGAGAAAGGUAUGUAGCUCGUAGUCUGAGUGGUGCGCACCCCCGGAAAAGACUGCAGCAGCCUCUUCAUCAGACUUUGACAUUUGUCGGACCAGGUUCUUUUCAUGGACGACGGCGAUGCAUUUUGUACUUCCGCAGCCAUCUGACGGCGAUGGCUACUACAUUUGCUCUCUCUCGACAUGUGCCCGGCUACGCCAGUGUGCCACCGGAGAGAUGUCCUUGUCCGGCCUCGGAGGUGCACCGAGCUGCUACCAGCUUUUCCUUUUCCGCUAGGGCAGAUGGAUGCCUUGCAGGCACCGUGCUCCUUAGCGCUUGCUCACGGACGGCGUGGCGCCGAACCGCAAGGCGGGCCGUGGAUCUUCCAGUGCGCGAGCCACCGGUGACCACGACGGUGGCGCUGCCUGGAGCCAAAGUCGAGGAGGAGACCAAACAGAAGAGAGCAGAUGAGUACCGCCUGGUGCUCUUCAACGAUCCCUUGAACAAGCGUGAGUAUGUGGCAAGGUGCUUGAUGACCAUUUGCUUGCUCAAAGAGGGUGAUGCUUACCAGGUCAUGAUGAAGGCCCACAAAGAAGGUGUGGCAGUGGUUGGAACCUAUGCAUUUGAGACGGCUGAGGCUUAUUGCGAAAGCCUGAAAGCUCAAGGGCUGAGCGUAGAUAUCUUCCCCGUCGACAAGGACGACUAG